AUGUCGGAUAUCGAAGAAGGUACCCCUACCAAUAACGGCCAGCAGAAGGAGAGAAGAAAGAUAGAAAUCAAGUUUAUUGAGAAUAAAACAAGGCGCCAUGUGACUUUUUCCAAGAGGAAGCACGGUAUCAUGAAGAAGGCGUUCGAGCUGUCUGUGCUGACAGGUACGCAGGUGCUGUUGCUGGUUGUCUCAGAGACGGGUUUGGUGUACACUUUCAGUACGCCAAAGUUCGAGCCUAUAGUCACCCAACAAGAAGGCAGGAAUCUCAUCCAAGCCUGUCUAAAUGCCCCUGAUGAUGAGGAGGAAGACGAUGAAGAAGACGGCGACGAUGACGAUGAAGAAGAUGAUGAUGAUGGUAAUGAUAUGCAGCGUCAGCAGCACCAGCAGCACCAGCAACCGCAGCACCAGCAACAACAACAAGUAUUGAAUGCUCAAGCGAAUAGUUUAGGCCACAUGAAUCAAGAUCAGGUGCCACCAGGCGCACUGAAACAGGAAGUAAAAUCUCAAUUGCUAGGUGCCAAUGCUAAUCAGACCCCGAUAAUCCAACAGCAACACCAUGCUCAGAAUCCUCAAACACAACAGCCACAACAACAACAACAGCAGCAGCAGCAGCAGCAGCAGCAGCAGCAGCAGCCUCAAAUGGCGCAGCAUCCUCAACCACAACAAGGAAUACCCCAUCCGCAACAAUCGCAGCAGCAGCAACAUCAGCAACAGCCACAGCAGCCUCUCACCGGCAUUCACCAGCCCCAUCAGCAGGCUUUUGCCAACGCCGGGUCUCCCUACCUGAACGCCGAACAAAAUGCUGCGUACCAGCAGUACUUCCAGGAGCCGCAACAAGGCCAGUACUAA